UGAUGCUUCUGGGUGUCAGUCCGAAAACGAGAAAAUAUCACUGAGAUGAGACUCGGCGGUCUGGGAGGGUCUCCACCGGUUCACCGACCAGCUGAGUCCAUCCGUCUGUCUGUCUGUCUGUCUGUCUGUCUGUCUGUCUGCCUGUCUGCGGGUGGAGGGAUCCAGCUGCUUCGGGAGGAUGCUCUCCUCCUGCCGGGAAUCAGGACUUUCCUCUCCGGUCAUCCGGCCGGGAUGCUGCGGUGUGAACCCGGGGCUUCUCCCCGUCUCUGCCCGCUGAAGUUGGCUCACCUGCGGUGAUUCAAGCCCUCCGCUUCAGCCUCUCCCUUCUCCUCUUCUCUCCCCGGAACGGGCCGGCCAUUCCCCGGUGGAAAUAAUCUGCCUCCUUUGUAAUUUGUGAGAUUAUGAGGAUCCACACCCCGUCCUCCUGACUCUGGUGUCAGUGUGGUUUUUUUUUUUUUGACUCGCGCCCAGAUUUGUGAAUGGGUUUGUGAGCCCGUGCGCGUUUUCCUCCAGAGACCCGCCGCGCCGUGCGCGCUGCGCGUAAAUCCGCGAAGGGAUGCUGGGAACAAACGGGGGACACCGGAGUAAAAAAACACCGCGCUGUAGUAACCGUGGCUGGUACCGAGGUCAAGGAUUAGUGUGAGCAGGGAUUAUAUUUUCCAGGAGAACAAUCCUCCACCAGUUGUGCUGUUUUUUUGUCUUCGUUUUUUUGUUUUUGUUGAAUGGACAGAACUUACCAAACCAGUUAUAGAUAUUUUCUCUAUUAACGUCUCUUCAUUCUUUUAUAAGUGAAAGAAAUCAUCAUCAAACGGAGAAUAUUCAAGGCUGAGAGGAACGAGGCGCUGAGUGCGCUUCUUCUUUGGUCGAUAUCACAGUAAAACUUACGUUUUAAUACAAGAAAGUUCGUCUCAUUCAGCCGGAGCUGUUAGAUACCGUACGUCGUUUAUCAUUUACAGGGUCAUAAACACUGCAAGUCCAUUAAGGCAUAUUAGAGGAAAUUGCACUGAAUCGACAGGAGACGCACCAGAAUCUCUCUGCAGGACCAAUCAGCAGCAGACCCGAGGAUGAAGAUGGUCGUGAUGAAGAUGAUGAUGAUGGCUGAUUGAAAGUAAAGAGCUCUGAGCCUCCGAAUUCUCUGAGAUAUUUAAUGAAUCUGCUUCAGUUUGCAGAGCUGUGGACAUACAAAGAUCACAUCUGAGAUUGAAAAUGAAUACGUAUUGCAUAUAACUCCAAAAUAUCGCAAACAAUACUAUUUUACAACGUUGAACUAUAUUUACCACCACAUACAUACAUACUAUUAAAACUGUUAAGUUACAAUGUUUCACCACAUGAAAUAGUUUAAUUCAGAUUCACUAAAUCGGUUAUUCCAACUCCUCCAGCAUCGAUCAGAUCAGAUUCUCACAAUGUGUGCAUAAGCUAAAUAUCGUCGUGUAACGUCUCUGUGCAAAGAUGAAAAAACAAAUAUUUCCUGUCGAUAAAUAUCAGUUAAUCGAUAAUAAAUGUGUUGAUGUGGUCCGGAGCAUCUCAAACCGGAACAAGCAGGAGUGAACCGGCUGCGGCGGCAGCGGCGGCGGAUUCGGUGUCCCGUCAGAUGAGCGAGGAUGUCGGACCGGAGCGCCCCGGGCUGCCGGCUCAGACUGGACUGGGUCUACGGGUACCGGGGCCACCAGUGCCGGAAUAACCUGUACUACACCGCCGGCAAGGAGGUGGUGUACUUCGUGGCCGGCGUCGGCGUGGUUUACAACACCAGAGAGCACAGCCAGAGGUUUUACCUGGGACACAACGAUGACAUCAUCAGAGUCUGUCCUGCUGCUCUGUGCAUUGUGGAGGAACAUUUCUGUGAGCAAUAAUUGAGUCCAAGGUAA